AUGUCAGGAACAUCCGGACAAAAUCCGAUAAUAAUACAGAAAGAAGGAAAUUCUCUUUCCCAGUUUCAGUGUCCGAUUCUGAAACCAACAAACUAUACGGUUUGGGCUAUUCGUAUCAAGACGAUUCUUGAAGCGAAUGGUUUGUGGGAAACGAUCGAACCGGUAGAAAAUGCAACGGUAGACACUAAGAAAGACAAGUCUGCAAUUGCAUAUCUGUUUCAAGCAAUACCAGAAGAUGUUGUAUUGCAAGUUGCAAGUUGUAAGACUGCAAAGGAAAUUUGGGAUAAUCUAAAGGUUAGACACGUUGGUGUUGAUCGGGUACAAAAGGCGCGUAUGCACACGCUAUUAUCAGAAUUUGAAUUAUUGCAAAUGAAGGAUGACGACACUAUUGAUUCAUUUACCGCAAAGAUUAAUAGUAUCGUUACCCGGGCAACUGAAGUAGGAACGACAUUGAGUCAACCGACUCUAGUACGCAAACUUCUAAAUGGCAUACCGGAUAAGUUUACUCAAAUCGUUGCCUCCAUGGAACAAUACUCCGAUCUGGAAACUAUGACGCUAGAAGAAGCGGUCGGAAGGUUAAAGACAUAUGAAGAACGACUCAGAAAUCUUGUUAACAUCUACUGA